ACACUCAGGUCGGCAGUGCGGUGUCUGUCCCGGGUCAGCCGGUGCUCGUCGGUGCAGAUUGAGGCUCGGCAGCGGACAGAAGUGAUGAUGAUUCUCCUGCCUCUCCUCUUUAUCGUCAUCCUCUACCACACCCCUGUUUCUCUGCUGGAGUUUCGCUAUCAUAACAACCAGCAGAUUAAAGAGUACCUGUAUGAAGUCAACACAGCCAACCCCCACAUCACACAUCUGUACAGCAUUGGCCAGUCCGUCAGAGGCCAAGAGUUGUGGGUGUUAGCAUUGGGUGUCAGCCCUGGCCAGCACACCGUUGGAGUCCCAGAGUUCAAAUAUGUGGGGAACAUACAUGGCAACGAGGUUCUGGGCAGAGUGCUCCUGUUACAUCUCAUAGACGACUUGGUGGAGGGAUAUCGUAAAAAUGAACCUUGGUCUUUGCAGUUACUGAACAGCACCCGAAUCCACAUCAUGCCAACGAUGAAUCCAGAUGGUUUUGACUCAUCAGACACAGACUGCAUGUACAGCCAGGGCAGGUUCAAUCACAAUGGAAUUGACUUGAAUAGGAACUUCCCUGAUGCCUUCGCUGCUCAGGCGAGUGAUGAAGACAAGAGAGAAGCAGAGGUCCAAGCUGUGAUAGGGUGGCUGCAGACUGAGACUUUUGUUCUCUCUGCGAAUCUUCAUGGAGGAGCUCUGGUGGCCAGUUAUCCCUAUGACAACAGUAAUGGAGGCAGUGAGUUAAUAAACGGAGCAAGCGUCAGUCCUGAUGAUGAUGUCUUUGUUCACCUUGCUAAGGUGUACUCCUACAACCAUGCCUCAAUGUACAAAGGGAAUCGCUGUACGGAGAGUAGACCCUUCUUCAAUGGUAUCACUAAUGGAUACAAGUGGUAUGCUCUUGCAGGUGGGAUGCAGGAUUAUAAUUAUGUGUGGGCUCAGUGUUUAGAGGUAACUCUGGAAAUAUCCUGCUGCAAGUUUCCUCCUGUCAGUGAACUUCCUGCCAUGUGGACAGACAACAGAAAAGCACUUCUUUCUUACAUUCAGCAAGUCCAUUUGGGGGUCAAAGGUCGUGUAUUUGACAGCACUGGUGCACCAGUUCAAAAUGCAGUCGUGGAAGUUGUUGGUCGCAGAAAUAUGUGUCCUUUUAAGACUAACCAACAUGGGGAGUACUACAGGCUGCUCCUUCCUGGAAACUACACCUUUAUGGUGACUUACCCAGAGCAUGAGGUGUUGACUGAAACAUUGACAGUUCCGUAUGGUCCAGAUAACUACUCAGCGUUAAAACAUGACUUCCUUUUAAAAAAAACUAAAACAACUCAACAACCUUCUUCUACAACAAGAUACAAUGUGACAUGUAACACUGACCUAAAUGCAGGUGCUGUCAGUGUGAGACUGCAGCGGACAGGCUUGGCUGUGGGAAUAUGCCUGGUCAUGGUGACCUCAUAUAUGGGCAAAUGAAAACUGCUG